AUGUCGUACCGUACAAUUGCUUCAACUGAUUCAGAGAAUGAACAUUUCAGCGAAUCAAUUGAUAUGAGACCGUCUUUUUCAAAAACAAAACCUGGUCUAAAACGUGCUGUAGAAAAAACAAGUGCAAAAAAACCUAUGAAAAAAAAGCAGAAUAAAUUGAGUGCAUCAUACAGAGAUAAUGUUACCGAACGUUUGAGAUCAGAAGAAUUUGAUGUCGAGUUAAUUAAUUCGCUGACAUUUAGACAAGGGUAUGGCAUAGUUAUAAUAAAAACACCUUUUGAAGAAAAAGGCACGGAGCUUUGGGUAAUUAGUCACUAUAAGGUUGCUAACAUUGAGAAUGUACCAGUAAAAGACAGAUGGAAGUUCAGUGAAGCUACUGUCAGAUUGCCGUCUUACGUAUUGGAAAAGGAAAAGACGAAGGAAAGCGGGGACCACUCGGACCCCGGACGAAAUAGUGGAUUCCUCCGGCAGAGCAAGUGGGUCGCGAGCCCAAGGGUAGGUGGACCGCGCGAUGGUUCGCCGAUGUCGGACGCCGGAUGGGUCGUGGGUGGUGCUGAAUGGAUCAUUACACGUCCCAGCUGCUGUCCGGCCACGGGGAUUUCAAAUCAAAAACUCCACGACUUUAACCUUGUAGGUGAUGCAGCUUGCGCAUGCGGUUUCCCCAGCGGAACUGCGGAGCAUCUGCUUAUGGAUUGCUCACUUGCAGGCCAGGAAAGAGAAAACUCAAACUACACCGUGCGAGCGGCCGUGCGGACUGGCCGUGUGAGUUAG